AUGUUUCUCUCUUUGAUACCCAUCCUCUCCAUUGUGCUCUUAGCCUUUGUGCUCAGAGCUGCGUUCAACUACUACCGUGGUCCACUUUCACCCCUUCCUGGACCAUGGUACACCCACUUCACUGGUCUUCCACUGCUAUACACCAGGGCAGUUGGCACCAGUCGUCAGCAUCUUCGUCAUAUUCACAAAGUCCACGGUCCAGUAGUCAGAGUUGGACCUAAAGAGGUCUCGAUUAACAGCGUUGAUGGCUACUACAAAGUGCACGGUGUGGGUAGCCACUGCCUGAAAGCACCCGUCUUUGACCAUAUCCGCUUCAGCCAUUCAUCUAUGCUCUUCACCAUGCGAGAUCCUCGUAUCCACUCUGAGCGCAAACGCAUCAUUGGAAGAGGCUUCGCAUCGAUGAAGGAAGAGCAAGAAGUGAAGAUUCAACGGCUGGCUAGCAAGGCGGUAGCGAACAUCAAGAACGAGGCCGAGAAAGGGCAGGCCGAUGUCUACAAAUGGUGGCGCUGUCUGGCUGUUGAUGUCGUCAGCGAAAUGUCUUUCGGCAAAUCAUUCAACUUGUUGCAUUCGGGGGGGAAAGGCCUGCCACUCUAUACAGCUUUGAGCAACGCUGGUCCUUGUGUUGUUUUCCAAGCAGUACUCCCCCGAGGGCUCAUAUCUCUAUUCAAGUGGUCUCCUGUUACCUGGCUGAGAGAUGUCGGCCAAGUCAGUGAGACCAUCUUCAAUCGAGUAACAGCAGCCCUAGGAGAACUGCGAUCUUCAUCAAAUUGCGGCCCCAGCAUUGCCCGUCACUUGUUGAGUAAAGAGGUGAAGGGCAAGACACCUAGCUUGAACGACGAUGAGUUGAGCUCUGAGAUUGGCAUGCUUCUUGUUGCGGGCUCGGAUAGUACGGCAGCUACUUUGACAUAUGCAACAUGGGAGAUCGUUAGAGAUCCUCAACUCCGGAGACAGAUCGAGGAGGAGGUGGGCAGCUUGCCUGUGAAUUUCACUGCUAAGGAUGUUGAUAUUCUACCCCUCUUGAAUAGUGUCUUGGAAGAGGUUCUUAGGAUGUAUAAUCCAGCAGGAGCACUAGUAGAGAGACUCGUACCUCCGAGUGGGAUAUCUGUUCAUGACUGGGACAUCCCUGGAGGUAUAAUGGUCUACACUACUGGAUGGCUCGUUUCCCGCCUUGAAGAUGUCUUUCCAGAGCCGGAUAGAUUUAUCGCUACCAGGUUCCUGAAUCCAACACCAGAAAUUAAACGAGCGCAUGUCCCUUUCAACAUCGGUGCGAGGAGGUGCGUUGGUAUGCAUGUGGCUCGGAUGGAAAUCCUUGUCACUUUGGCCAUGCUUUUCCGCGAAUGUAGAGGCUUAAAGUUACACCAUGGUAUGACGAAUGAGAUGAUGACACAAGUUGGGGAGUUCUUUAUAGUUCCCAAAGCAGGACAGUGCAAUAUCGGUAUUUGA